AGUUGUAGAACAUGGAUUUUUUGGACCAAAGUGAUGCGGAGAUUGGGAUCAUGAAAGAAGAUGACACUGCAGCCAAAGGCAAACAUGAAAAGGAAGCUGAACAGAAAUACUUGGGUUUAUUUGAUGUCCACAUCGAUAAUUUGGUACCACCUACACCAAAAAGAACGUCAAGACUGCUUGACCUGCAGCAUGUCAAAUUUCUGAUGGAUUCGUUCCAGUCCGGAUUCACAAACCAGCUUACCAUCCUAGUGGGUAUGGUACCAGAACGAUGUGAUACAACCAUGUUAAAGACAAAAGGUGCAGUUCAAGUUGAGACGCUAGGUGGAAAUCACACCAGGGAAGCACUUCAAUCUCUCAUCAGAAGAGAACAAAGCAAGCUCUCCACUGUCAAAGUAAAUGUAUACUCACUGCUAUCUACUGCGACUGCAUUGACGGUGGGGUGGCAACAUAAUGUUGUACUUCAAGAAAAGCAGAAGCCGAUCACGUUUGUAGACAAAGUAAGAUUGAUGAGACAGGUUCGGCCUUCCAAUCCCCUUACCCCCGCAGACAUGAAAUCCUGGAAGGGGCUACUAUCAUCAAUUUUCCAAGUAAAGGACGUGAGACGGUUCCAGCAAGUGUAUGGGAUUCACCUGAAAAUGGCUCAGCUGGACCAGAACAUCUGGGCCAUGGUGGAGGAUGUGUCAGAAUCUGCCAUUAAAAUAACCGAAAAGUUUUUCCGGCCGUUAGUCAAAUUGUCUGACGUUGAAGUAAAAACAUGUCUGGAAAUCCUGAAAAGGCUAGGUCUGGCAGAAUAUAACAAGAAAGUGAAGGAAUUUUCACCAGCAUCAUCGAAAAAGCGGAAAAUUGAGGAUGGGUCUACCUGUGAGAUGGAAGAAAGAAAUCAAUAUGAAGAUCUGCUUGAGAAGUACAACCAAAUGGCCAAAGAUUUCAGGGCAUCACAAGACAGGUGUUCUUUGCUGGAGAAUGAAAAUUCCGAAUUGAAAAGUCAACUUGCCAAACAGUCUACACAGGACCACAAGAAAACUGGAAAGACAACAGAGACCAUCGAGGAACCAAUAGAAGCCUUCUGGCGAUUCGAUGAUGGCAGAGAAGAGUGGCUUCCCGCAAAGCUCAUUAAAAGAUAUGCGAAUGGUGACUGUUCAGUGCAGUUCAGCGAUGGGUUUAGCCGCAUCAAGUCAUCGUGGGUGAGGAGAGUUGGAGAUCUCUAAUGAGGGACUGCAGUUAAAUUCAAAUGGACCAGAGACCUGGCUCUUGUAUAAAUAUUGUUGCUUUUUUUAACGUGUUAACUUCUUUUGUCAUAUUUUCUUUUGAAUGUUACUAUUAUUAUUGAUAGUAGUAGUCCACCAAAAUAACCUGCAGAUGAAUUUGUAAAAUAGAGUUGGUUGUAUCCAUUUGUUGAACUGGCGUUCUUCCCUUCCCCCCACCCCCCAUCAUAUUAUUCAAAGCCCUUACUGAACGCUACACUAUGUACAAGUGAGUUUUUUAUGUCCCCCACUAUAGUAGUGGGGGACAUAUUGUUUUUGCCCUGUCUGUUGGUCUGUCUGUUGGUCUGUCUGUUGGUCUGUCUGUUGGUCUGUCUGUUUGCGCCAACUUUAACAUUUUGCAAUAACUUUUGCUAUAAUAAAGAUAGCAACUUCAUAUUUGGCACGCAUGUGUAUCUCAUGAAGCUGCACAUUUUGAGUGGUGAAAGGUCAAGGUCAAGGUCAUCCUUCAAGGUCAGAGGUCAAAUAAAGAUGUCCAAAAUUGCUCAUUUUAUGAAUACUUUUGCAAUAUUGAAGUUAGCAUUUUGAUAUUUGGCAUGCAUGUGUAUCUCAUAGAGCUGCACAUUUUGAGUGGUGAAAGGUCAAGGUCAUCCUUCAAGGUCAGAGGUCAAAUAUGUGGCCCAAAUCGCUUAUUUUAUAAAUACUUUUGCAAUAUUGAAGAUAGCAACUUGAUAUUUGGCAUGCAUGUGCAUCUCAUGGAGCUGCACAUUUUGAGUGGUGAAAGGUCAAGGUCAUCCUUCAAGGUCAGAGGUCAAAUAUAUUUGGCCCAAAUCGCUUAUUUUAUGAAUACUUUUGCAAUAUUGAAUAUAGCAACUUGAUAUUUGGCAUGCAUGUGUAUCUCAUGGAGCUGCACAUUUUGAGUGAUGAAAGGUCAACGUCAAGGUCAUCCUUCACAAGGUCAAGGUCAUCCUUCAAAAUCAAACGUCAUAUAGGGGGACAUUGUGUUUCACAAACGCAUCUUGUCCAUUUUGAUUUUCAUGUGUGUUCGCGACUUUAAAUGAGUAAUAUUGAUUUGAAAAGAUAAAAAUAAAUGGCACUUUACUACUUUUACUAAAAAGCAGUAGUAUUGCAUUCAUUGCGUACAUAUUGUUAAUCUUUGUAAUUUGUUAACGUACAUAUCACAGUGUGAUUCUAAAUAUUUUGUUUUCGAUUUAGAUUUGCAAGUUGUGGUCAUAUGUUUGUGUUGUAGUGAAUUCAACAUAAAAUAUCAUCCUAAUUGGUAAUGAAAUGAUUUUUAUUAACCACAGUUAAAUCAUCAUAUUAAUCCUGUCGCAUUUUUGUUUGAAAUAUUUUAUAUUUAGUACAAACUUAUUUGUAAACAUUAUUAAUUGAUAAUGUGUUAUUUUGUAAUAACCUGAUUCGUAUUUAUUAAAGUUCUGUUAUCAUAUAUAUAAUGCCCCUUUUCGAAGAAAAGGAGGCACACAGUGAUCGGACUGUCCGUCCGUCUGUAUUUCCGUCACACUUUGAGUUUAGGUUUCGAAAAAUGCUCAUAACUUCUAUGUCCCUUGAGAUAUAACCUUCACAGUUGGUUUGCAUGUGUAUAUGGAGGAGGCCUUUCCAUACGCACAACAAUUGUUACCCCUGUGACCUUGACCUUGAACUUACGGUCCGCGUUUAGGUUUCAAAAUCUGUGUUUAAGUUUCCAAAAAUUCUCAUAACUUCUAUGUCCCUUAAAAUACAACCUUUAUUUUUGGUAUGCAUGUGAAUGUGGACGCAGCCUUUCCAUACGCACAAGAAUUUUCACCCCUGUGACCUUGACCUUGAACUUAGGGUCCGCGUUUAGGUUCGAAAUCUGCGUUUAAGUUUCCAAACAUGCUUAUAACUUCUAUGUCCCUUGAGAUAUAACCUUCAUAUUUGGUAUGCAUGUGUAUAUGUACGAGGCCUUUCCAUACGCACACAAAUUUUCACCCCUGUGACCUUGAACUUAGGGUCCGCGUUUAGGUUUCGAAAUCUGUGUUUAAGUUUCGAAAAAUGCUCAGAACUUCUAUGUCCCUUUAGAUAUAACCUUUAUAUUUGGUAUGCAUGUGUAUAUGGACGAGGCGUUUCCAUACGCACACAAAUUUUGACCCCUGUGACCUUGACCUUGACUUUAGGGUCCGCGUUUAGGUUUCGAAAUCUGCGUUUAGGUUUCGAAAAAUGCUCAUUACUUCCAUCAAAGCGUUUAUAGGGGGCAUAUGCCAUCCUAUGGUGACAGCUCUUGUUUUGUAUAUAUUUCUACUACUGUGACUGUUAAUCUGUUCAGUUUUGCAGAUCAAGAUUUAAUUUUGCUAUAAAAGAAAUAUUUGUUUUGAAACGUUGAUACUUUGAACAUCCUGUGACCUACAGACAUUGUUUCAUGUUGAUAUAAACAUUUUUAUCAAUCAUCAAAUUGUGAUUUUACUGAAAUGGGAACAACUUUGUGUGAUUUAAAAAAACUUGGCCAACUAGUCUUUUAAAUGAGAAUAUGUAUAUAUUUAUGUUCAUAAGUUUAAAUUUUUUAUAUAAUUUUGAAAUAACUGUUUUGUUAACUUUAAAGGAAAAACUGGCAUUUGGUCAGUGUAUAAAGUUGACAGUUCCUAAAAUGUUGGAUACAUUGAAUAUUAUACUCUCUUAAUUUAGAAUUCAUACUAAUAACUAACUCAUAUACUCAUAACUAAAGUGAUUGCUGUUCUUUUUGUUCUUUGACUCAUUUCUACUUUGAAGUUAUAUUAUGCUAAUAAAUGUUGGAAGUUUUU